UCAUAUUUAACCUUCGAAAUAGCUUUUCUUUUAUUGGUUUGUUUCAAUGAACUUUGUGGUUCAGCGCUCACUCAACUGUUUUUGUUGUUAGUAAAUUUGCUUCUAAGAUGGCAACUCUUGUUGAUGCGAUACAGAGGAAACAGGAAAAGUUGACAGAAAGUCACAUUUUGGUCGGCCACAUUCAAAAGACAUGUAAUCGUGACGGAUCGAAUAUUCUAUUUCCUACUCGGACAUUAACAAUGGACUCUCAAGAUAUAAAAAGCAUUGGUUGCAAGGAUGAAUUGUUAAAAGCGGCUGAGCAUGUUAGGGAGUUAGAUUUGGCUUGCAAUCGGUUGUCUUCAUUUGAAGAGGUAUUUAAAAUUCUAUGUUGGCUUGAAAAACUUGAAUCAUUAAAUUUAAGUCAAAAUCCACUAGGUUAUCAUAUCUCUGAUAACCAAUCUUCCAAUUCAUCUUUUGAUGAAGAUACUAUUGGUUUAUUAUCUACUGAAGGAGAAGAAAAUAUUCAACCUAUGAAUAGCUCUGAAUUAUCUAUACAAGAUCAAAAUUACUUCUACUUUAACAAAUUGUCAUCAUCCAAGUCGAAUAAAAUACUUCAAUCUAAACAUAAUGAAAUUGAUUUCUCACCAAUUUUUCACAAUGAAUCCAUGAAUGAUUCAAUGGAAAAAAUCAAGUCGACUAAUCAUCCAAAUGAUAAUGGUGUUGGUAGUAAUGGCUAUCUCAAACAAACAGGAGGGAAUGAACCAUCUACCAUGAAGACACUACCAAAGCAUCUUUUAGCUCCAUCUGAACUGGCUUUAAAUUCCGGUAUUAUAUCUCCUAACACAGUGUUUCCUUGUUUAAGUGUACUAGCAUUGAAUUCGACGUAUGUACCAUGGAAUUGGGUGAUUGAUCUGCUUUAUCGACUACCAAACUUAACCGAUUUACACGUCGCACGUAAUAAUUAUGGAGCAGAAGAACAGAUUGAAGUAUCUUCUGAUCAUAAUGAUGAUAAUGAUGCCACUCCAUUACCUGUAUUUCCUCAUUUACACAGUUUAUAUUAUAGCGAUAAUGGCAUAUCAAAUUGGUGGACAAUAUGUCGUUUGUGUAGACAUUUCCCUGGAUUAGAACAAUUGAUUUUAUUAGGUAAUCCUAUUGAACAUAUACCAUUUCCGCAAGAGAAUUCACAUACAUCUCAGCAUAAUACUACUGAUAAUAAUAAUAAUAAUAGUAAUAAUAAUACUGAUAAUAAUACAUCAAAAAAUACUUUUUAUCAUCAAUCCUUAUUUCAAAAUGUACAUACAUUAGGUUUAUCAGAAACAUUAAUCAAUCAAUGGGAAAGUAUUGAUGCUUUAAAUGAAUGGAUGCCUAGUUUAACCAAUUUACGAUUAGGCAAUACUUUACCUGUAUUUCAGUCUUGGAUAGAACCUGAUUAUCGAGCUCAUGUAAUUGCUAGAAUACCAAAACUUACUACAUACAAUCGAAGUGUCAUUGAUUCAGAGGAACGUGAAAGUGCUGAACGAGAAUUUGUUCGAUAUUAUGGUCAAAUGGAUUCAGAUAAACGUCCUAAUCGUUAUUGGGCUCUAGAACGUCGACAUGGUCGACUUCAACCAUUAGCUAAUAUUGAUUUAUCUCCAAAACAACAUAUUCGUGUACGUGUCACAAUGUCAGGGAAAGAAGUAAGUAUGAUUGGGUUAUUAUCUAUUUAUUGAUAAUUUUUCUCAAGUGUUUUUGUGUUAGAAAUCACAAGAUGCACUAAUCGGUUGCAUGUUUGUAUUAUUAUCAGGUGGUUUAAGUCUUUAGCGAAAGACACCAGGCGAUGAUCUAUGUUAAUUUUUAUGUAUUGUAGUACUGUGAAAUAUCCUAUCUUACUUUUCGAUAGUCCUCGUUUUGUCAACUAUGAGAAACUAACACUGAACAUUAGAAUGUUUCCGUGAUUUCCCUCCAGCUCCAUACAACCUAAACAAUAAUGGUAUUAAAUGGAUAGUGGCUAGCAGUGGAAUCCAGUUUGACGCGCAUUUCGUCCUAUUUGGGACUCGUCAGCUGAAUGUACCUGCAUCUCAGAGUUGAUGUUCACUCUGGGACCAUGCUUGUGAAUUUAGGCUAUAUUGAGACAAUAUGCACAUAUGCCAAUUAGAGACUGACCAGUUGCAGUCCUAAAACAUCAAUGGGAAGAUUCAAACAAACAAUACUAAUUGAAUAAUGGUAUUAGUUAUUCAAAAUCAGUGUAUGUACUUUUUAUCAUAAUACUAGAAGUGCUCUCAUCGAUAAAAUUUUAGUAAAACAAUUAAAUAUAAAAGAAUUAUAAAACAUCUUCAAAUGGUUGGAUACUUAUCAAUAAAAAGCUGUGACCAAUGGAGUUCAACCAUGUCGAAUGUAUGGCAGUUAUUCAUCCUAGGCAAUGUAUGAUGAUAGGGAAACAUCAGGAAUUGGUCGAGGUUAAACAUAUACACCACAGAAUGCUGGUUUAUGAAGCAUAUAAGGACGGUCUUAAUAAAGGAAAGAAGACUGAUAUUGUAAGUUACGCAAUGGUAAGGACAAAACGGGAUGGACUAUAAGAUUAAAGUUAGCACAACUAAGAUCAAAUUUAAGAAGGCGGGAAGAGAAUUACUUCUUUAAUUGCAAACAAAUAAAUUUUUACGAAACCACACGUUGAAAACAGAGGUAAUUAGAGAAAAGCAAAACUGACGACCAUGCCCUUCUGAAUAGCCUCAGGGAAAAAUGUAAUAAGUUCAAAGUUUUUUGUGGAGAUUGUUGAAUUUUAUUGAAAUCAUGAACUGAUCUAAGUUAAAAAUUAACACCGUUGGAUACCGGUUCAGUGGUCUAAGGGUUCAUUUUUGGAGCCUCGGACUGAAGGUCCUUGGUUCGAUUCACGGAUGAGGAGCCGUGGAUGCGCAGUAUUAGAGAGUUUUUUUACCAGAAAGGAAUCGCCAUCUAGUGCCUCCAGAUUUUUAAUGGUGAUCAAUAAUUGAUCGGUUCAUGAUCUCAAUAAAACUAAUUUUCUGAACGAUUUUAUUAAGUUUAUGUAAGCAGUUGAUGAUGAGAAACCACGAAAUAAAAUGAAUUCAUGUUGUUAUGUCAUAUUGAUAUGUGUGUAGAUAGCCAUUUUCUUUUCAAUGUUCAGUAAAACCACAUUAUCUAGCACUUUUACGUUCAUUUAGUGGGGGAAUGCAAGAUAUAAAAGCAUAGUUUUCCCUGUGAAUUUUAUUUCAGUCAUCUGAAGUUCUCUGUAUAUGUCUUCUAUGAACAUACCACUGUAGCUCAUCUCAACUUUCCAGAUAAAAAAUGUAAAAAAAAAACAACUAAAAGUUAUAGCUCAGAACUUAUGCUCUUAUAUGUAGCACUCAUGCACUAAAUAAACCGAACCUGUUGAGGUAAGAUGGUGGUUGGAGGUGGUCAACAGGAAACCCUGG